CUGGGCGCCGGCCCCGCCCCCUCAGGCCCGCCUCGCGUGGCCGACCCGCGAGCCUGGAGCUCGGGGGCUCGGCUUUGCUGGACUCCGUGGCUGACAGUGUCACCUUGGGCAAGUCUCGCCUGCUGGGACUCAGUUUUCCUUUCUGCACCAGGCAGUUGCGGGUGGGAGGUUUUGAUCAUGAACUCUGGAGGGAUGAAACAGGAAGCAGCAGGGCCCAGGGGUAGAAGGGCUCACAGACCCCGGGAACAGGACCGAGAUGUCCAGCUGUCCAAGGCGCUGUCCUAUGCCCUGCGCCACGGGGCCCUGAAGCUGGGGCUUCCCAUGGGGCCUGGCGGCUUUGUGCCCCUGGGCGCCCUCCUGCAGCUGCCCCAGUUCCGCAGCUUCUCAGCCGAAGACGUGCAGCGCGUGGUGGACACCAAUGGGAAGCAGCGGUUUGCCCUGCAGCCGGGGGACCCCAGCACGGGCCCUCUCAUCCGAGCCAAUCAGGGUCACUCCCUGCAGGUACCCGAGUUGGAGCUGAUGCCCCUGGAGACCCCGCAGGACCUGCCCCUGAUGCUUGUCCAUGGCACGUUCUGGAAGCACUGGCCCUCCAUCCUGCUCAAGGGCCUGUCCUGCCGGGGAAGGACGCACAUCCACCUGGCCACAGGACUGCCUGGGGACCCUGGUGUCAUCAGUGGCAUGCGGCCGAACUGCGAAGUGGCCGUGUUCAUCAACGGGCCCCUGGCCCUGGCGGAUGGAAUCCCCUUCUUCCGCUCUGCCAAUGGGGUGAUCCUGACUCCAGGGGAUGCUGACGGCUUCCUGCUUCCCAAGUACUUCAAGGAGGCCCUGCAGCUGUGCCCCACCCGAAAGCCCCUCUCCCUGGCUGCUCAUGAAGAGACAGAAUGUCAGAGCGCCUGCAAGCACAGCUCCAGGGGAAGGAGGAUGAUCCAACAAUAAAAUAUUUAUUUAAAAAAAA